UCAAAUGUCAAGUUGUGACGCCCAAACCAAGCUGCACUUGUUUUAUUUAUAAAUUUAUCUAAAAUAUUAAAUUAAACAUUGAAUUUGUAUGUGAAAAUGGCUGAAAAACCGCCUGAAGAAGGGUAUAUAUCUGUAGUCGACGAGGAGCCAGAGUUUUUCGAACUUCUCAAAUGGGAUUCCGCGCAAACACAAAAAGAAGAUACGACCCGCAGUUUGGAAAAGGCAAAAAGUCCUGAGAAAAGGCUGCCAAAACCCAAGGAGGACUUGGAUCCGUUCGAUUUGACAGAUUCAAUGUUUAUGCAAACUUACCGACUUUCAAAAGAUCUGGCGCGAAACCUUGUCGAGGAAUUGACACCGGUAAUGCCGGAUUCUACGAAGCUUAUCGACGGUACUAUCGAAAGCAAGGUAAUGGCAGCAUUAUCAUUUUACGCCACCGGAAAGUAUCUGAAGCCACUGGGCAAAAAGGCUGACCCUAGCAUAACACAAUACUUUGUUUCCACAUCGGUAGCAAAAGUCACGGAGGCUCUGAAUGAUGUCAGUAUUGUGAAGAAGUACAUACACUUCCCACACUUGAAGAAUGAAAGGGACAUUAUUAAAACUAGGUUCUACAUGAAGUAUGGUGUACCCAACGUAGUGGGGUGUAUAGACUGUAUGCAUGUGCCCAUCGCCAAGCCUGACCAGGACCAGAAAAAUCAUUUCAACAAAUCUUACCACUCCAAGAAAGUGCAGAUUAUCUGUGAUAGUGACUCAAACAUAAUAAGUGUGAACGCGAAUCCCGGCGGCUCACACUCCCACGACGCCAUCCUCAACACUCACGCCGUCAAGAUUGAUCUGGAGAGCCUUAACAAUGCUCGAGACCUGUGCUGGCUCAUUGGGGGUCCACAUUACUCUCAGAAGCCAUACAUAAUGACUCCAGUUCCAAAAAUAACGAAAAAAUCUCCAAUGUCGCCAGAAAAGUAUUACACCACCAUGGUGUCGCAGGCGCACGACGUGGUGUUGAACACGAUCAAACAGCUGAAGUCGCGGUGGAAAUGUCUGCAGGCCACCUGCAAUAAGCAGUUUGACCCGUCGACCGUCGCUCAGAUGAGUGUAGCCUGCUGCAUCCUUCACAACAUAUGCAACAAGAACGGCAUUCCCGAAGUCCCAAUGACUCCCACCGAGGAGAGGCUCGAAGCUAUGAAGCAGAAGGUGGCGAACGCGCCGAUAUCCAAGAAGCAGGUCGAAGAUCCGAGCGGUGUCCGAUCGAGGGCGCAGCUGAUCGACCGACUAUGGAACGAGCGGAGGGUCGCUCCAGAGAACACCCAGAAGAAGAGAGCUAGGAAGGAUAAGGUGGUGGAGCCUACUCCCGUCGUCAACCACCAGCACAUGCAUCAGAUGCAGCCGCAGCACCUGCACGAGGACCCCAAGAGGCCCCGGAUACUCAUGAACACUCCGUACACCCUCGGCAUGAGCAUGCCCGGGUGGGGACACUACCCGCAGCACUAGCAGUAUUAGGUUUAGUAUUAAGGAGUAUGCUUAGUAUACAAAACAUUGUGUGAGGGUCUCACACGAAGAAUGCUAUUCAAUUUAACUAUAACACUUAUUUGGUACACAAGAAGGUUUAAUCUCAACAGGCUUUUUGGGUAAUAAAUGAGGUUCAAUUUUGAAUCGCCAUUAAAAUGCAGCGCCGCAUCGCGUGGACUCGGUCUGGUCUUCAGAUCUGAGUAU